AUGUCUAUCGAUGGCCUUACAGUGGUCGAUGAUAUAAAAGAAUAUUACAACGAUGCAAUAAUAAUGUCUAUCGAUGGCUUUACAGUGGUCGCUGAUAUAAAAGAAUAUUACAACGAUGAACUAAUAAUGUCUAUCGAUGGCCUUACAGUGGUCGCUGAUAUAAAAGAAUAUUACAACGAUGAACUAAUAAUGUCUAUCGAUGGCUUUACAGUGGUCGCUGAUAUAAAAGAAUAUUACAACGAUGCACUAAUAAUGUCUAUCGAUGGCUUUACAGUGGUAGCUGAUAUAAAAGAAUAUUACAACGAUGCAAUAAUAAUGUCUAUCGAUGGCCUUACAUUGGUCGCUGAUAUAAAAGAAUAUUACAACGAUGAACUAAUAAUGUCUAUCGAUGGCCUUACAGUGGUCGCUGAUAUAAAAGAAUAUUACAACGAUGCACUAAUAAUGUCUAUCGAUGGCUUUACAGUGGUCGCUGAUAUAAAAGAAUAUUACAACGAUGAACUAAUAAUGUCUAUCGAUGGCCUUACAGUGGUCGCUGAUAUAAAAGAAUAUUACAACGAUGCACUAAUAAUGUCUAUCGAUGGCCUUACAGUGGUCGGUGAUAUAAAAGAAUAUUACAACGAUGAACUAAUAAUGUCUAUCGAUGGCCUUACAGUGGUCGCUGAUAUAAAAUAA